AUGGGACGCAAGGCCGACGAGAACCUCCCGGAAGUGGUGCAGAACCAGCCAGCGCCCCGAACGGGCGAGUACGCACCCGAAGUGGUCCCAGAUUCAUCCCCCGAAGCCGCACAGCAGAGAUAUUUCCAGGAAUCCGAUAAGUAUCCCGCAUUGUACGACAAUUCGCCAAAGUUCCCCCACGAGCCACCACCGCCCGGCGGUUACUCGCCGGACCAACAAUACCAGCAGCCACACAACCAGGCGUGGAGUCCCGACGCCGCGUAUCCCGUCAGUGCUGUCAGCCCAAACAGUUCCGUCCCAUGGCAGUCGUUUCCUGAUGGUGGCGAGGACCAACAAACCUACGUCGGUAGCGAGCCGCCGGAGCCAGAGAAGCGCAUCUGUGGCCUACGCAAGCGCACGUUCAUAAUCGUCGCGGCGAUUCUUGGUGUUGUGAUUGUGGCCGUGGCGAUAGGUGGCGGCGUGGGCGGUGCAAUGUCUGCGAGGAAUUCGAGCGCGGCCGCGGCAGAAACAUCCUCUGCAGCAAGUUCAACGGCCAGCCCCAGCAGCACGUCAUCAUCAGCAUCAGCCUCUGCUUCAUCCACAACUUCUGAGGAACCAACGCCGACGCCGACCUCCCUUGUGAACACCGACCCCAGCGUGUUCGACCAGCGUAUUGCCUUCCAAGGAUGGAACAAGGAGAACAUCACCGGCAAGGCCACCCAGAUCUAUCCGCACCUAGGCGUAUACGACCUAGAAUUCCCCAUUCACAGCUAUAUCUGGGUCUCGAAUCAAACCGACUGCUGCGUCAACUUUUGCGACUUGGAUGCGAAGCAGCAUGGUUACGCUUGUUCCUCCAAGUGGCAAAACCACAGCUCUUUUGCCUUCCCACGUAUUGUUCUUUGGUGUGGGAAUCGGAACCACGUGCCAGAUCAGCAAAGGUGUAAAUAA